UCAUGCGAAAAAAAGCUCGCUCGCUGUGGUGGUUACGAUUGACGUAAACGUCCUUCAUUUGACUUUGAAAAUUUUCUCGGAAUAUUUUAACUCAACGAAAGUGUUCCACGCUUUUGAUACGGCACAGUCGAUUCCUUGCAAGCGAACUGAACGAAAUUGUGCUUAAACAACAUAAUAACAAGCUAAAAUAUGUCGAAAAUCGGUAUUAACGGAUUUGGACGCAUCGGCCGCCUGGUACUUCGCGCCGCUAUCGACAAGGGAGCCUCCGUUGUUGCCGUCAAUGAUCCAUUCAUCGAUGUCAACUACAUGGUGUAUCUCUUCAAGUUUGACUCAACUCAUGGACGUUUCAAGGGUACUGUCGUCGCUGAGGGCGGUUUCCUGGUUGUGAACGGCCAGAAAAUUACUGUUUUCAGCGAACGCGACCCAGCUAAUAUCAACUGGGCCAGCGCUGGUGCAGAAUACGUGGUAGAAUCCACUGGUGUAUUCACUACAAUUGAGAAGGCAUCUACUCACUUGAAGGGCGGUGCCAAGAAGGUUGUAAUUUCGGCACCAUCCGCAGAUGCACCCAUGUUUGUGUGCGGCGUCAAUUUGGAUGCCUAUAAACCAGACAUGAAGGUUGUGUCGAAUGCUUCCUGCACUACCAAUUGUUUGGCUCCCCUAGCCAAGGUUAUCAACGACAAUUUUGAGAUCGUUGAGGGUCUAAUGACCACUGUACAUGCCACUACAGCUACUCAGAAGACUGUCGAUGGUCCAUCCGGAAAAUUGUGGCGUGAUGGCCGUGGCGCUGCCCAGAAUAUUAUCCCAGCAUCCACUGGAGCUGCUAAAGCUGUUGGAAAAGUCAUUCCUGCUCUUAACGGCAAAUUGACUGGUAUGGCUUUCCGUGUUCCCACACCCAAUGUGUCCGUUGUCGAUUUGACUGUUCGCUUGGGCAAGGGCGCCAGCUAUGAUGAAAUUAAAGCCAAGGUACAGGAGGCUGCCAACGGUCCUCUGAAGGGCAUUCUUGGCUAUACUGACGAGGAAGUUGUCUCAACUGAUUUCCUUAGCGAUACUCACUCUUCAGUCUUUGAUGCUAAGGCUGGAAUAUCGCUUAACGACAAGUUUGUCAAACUUAUUUCUUGGUAUGACAACGAGUUCGGCUACUCAAACCGCGUCAUUGAUUUGAUCAAGUACAUGCAGAGCAAAGAUUAAA